AUGAACAACCCCAACUUCGACAUGUAUUACGACAAUCCAUCAAAUCGCUCGCCCACCUCGCAGCGCCAGAACUCCCUCCAUCGCCAGGCCUCCCGCCAGCAGUUCGAGGCAUACGGCCAUCUUCCCUCCGGUCUGUAUACCGCCGAAGAUCAUGCCCAGUUCAACGGCAACAGGUACAACGACAUGCGCAAUGCGACAGUGGGCGGCUACGGCAACGGCUACGACAUGGGAGCGCAGUCAUGGAACACCGGCGCCUUUGGACAGAACAAUACCUUGAAUGGCCUCGGAGGCUCGGGUCUUAGGAAGCCGCCCUCGCGCGCCGGGAGGUCGGGCUUGCCUUCGGUAAGUCUCUUCGGAUGCGUAUCGGAAAUGUAGACACGGCAUCUGACACACACACACACACAGGCCUGGCUUGACCAGAACCAGCAGAUGCAGAUGAACCCUUUCAUGGCGGGCCUGGGAGGCAUGUCCGGACAGCAGGUGGGCCGCCAGGACAUGUCCGAGCCAGACGAGGAGCUCAUACCGACGGCCAUCGUCAUCAAGAACAUCCCGUUCGCCAUCAAGAAGGAGCAGCUUGUUGGCAUCAUGACCGAGAUGGGUCUUCCGCUGCCAUACGCAUUCAACUACCACUUCGACAAUGGCGUCUUCCGCGGACUGGCCUUUGCUAACUUUACGAAUCCAGAGGAGACCGCGACUGUGAUUGACGCGAUGAACCACUUCGAGCUUAAUGGGCGGAAGCUGCGAGUCGAGUACAAGAAGAUGUUGCCUGCUGCUGAGCGCGAGAGGAUCGAGCGAGAGAAGCGAGAGCGACGAGGACAGUUGGAGGAGCAACAUCGGCCCAUGGCACCACAAGCCCUGCAAACGCAGGCCUCCGCGUCGUCGCUCUCUUCUCGCGUGCUUGCUGGAUCGCCGUCGCCCGUCACUGCACGCAACCAGAAGAUGGGUGUGGGAUUCCCCGCUUCUUUCCCAGACCCUGGAGCGGGUGUCGACGUGGACCUGAACGACCCGCAAGCCCUUCAGUAUUACUCCAAGCUGCUGCUCUUCAAAGAGGACACCGCUCGAGACAUGCUCAUCUUUUCGCCGACCCUAUCGCCUCCUGAGCGAAGAAUCGUCCACACUCUCGCGCACCAUAUGGGUCUUGGCCACAUGUCGAAAGGCGAGGCCGAUCGCCGCGCAGUGCACGUAUACAAGGAGGGUCGUCAACGACUCAGCCCACCGAUGCCGUCUCUCCCCAACCUGCACAACGGCGAUCAAAGACGUGCCUUGAACCGCGCUGCCACCACGGAUUUCAGUGAUGUCCGCGCAAACGAGAACUACUACGGCGGCCCUCUCCGCCAUCAGGCCUCCGGAUACUUGGGUGGCUACCACGACUCGCCUGGUGGGCUUGCAGCUGGCAAUAACUUGCGCUCGGCCAAGUCCUUUGCUGACCUCCGCUCGUACACUCCAUCGCCUGUCCCGUCCACGGCAAGCUUCCCAGCCGCUCUGAGCCACAACGUUGCCAGACUGCAAGAAUUUGGCCGGGACAGCGCACAGUCGAACACGCCGACUCUCAUGACUCCCAUCUCGAGCACUGCUGACCGUGGCGACGCCAACAACAUCAUCAAUGGGCUCGGUAACAUGAACCUUGGCCCUGGAUUCGGUGGCAGCCCGCGUGGCGUACGCGGAAUCUCCUCGUGGGAUCGGGAAAAUCCGGGUCCCAUCGGCAGCAACCGAUCCUUCAGCACCAACUACGAUGACCGCUCCUCCAGCCGCAGCGCCCUCCAGGGUGGUCCCGAACGCCAGCCGCGCGGUCCUCUCCCUGAGCGUGGGUCUGGAUUUCCGCGCCGACAGAAUGGUCACGUCCAGCGCAAUAGCGAUGAGAUUUCCCAACAGAGCAGCGCUGCCGAGAUCACUGUGGAGCAUUAG